GUGAGGUUAUGUGAAUAAAUGUUUCAACUUCGAGAAAAUAAAAAAGCAUAAAAUCAAGAUCUUUUCAAAUUUUCAUAGUUUUCACUUUAACAACCUUAUAAAAAUUACAAAAUGGAAUACGAAAUACAAAAUCUUAACAAACUUAAAAAGUUGGAAGAAACUCUUUUGCAGCUAAUAGAUAAAAUCGACCAAGAAAUUAUUAAAACUGAUGUUGAAUGGUUGCAGUUGAAAAACAUUUCUGAAGUGGCAAAUAAUCAGGCUGAUACCAAAAUGUCUACAUCGGAGAGCCCUAAUAUUCUGCCGAAAGAUUCCAAGAGAAACGUUAAAAUGGAGUUUAAGGAAGAAUUUUAUUUUAAUAUGUCCCAACUGGAACUCAUUCCAUGCAGAUCCACCAGGAUACACGAUUUAGAAGAAUUUGAUAGCGACUGAAAUUGUAACAAUUGUGAUAAUAAUAAAGUGUUUAUUGUCAAUAGGAUCCUUUCAGAAAUGUCUGAAAGAACCGACAAAGACUUCCAAAGUUUUCAGUAAAAAUUGAUUUUAUUACGAUGGCCUAAAUGACAUUUUUAGGUAGCCGUGCAGAACUUUUCAUACAGUAAACCAUAACAUUUCGACACAUUAGCAGAGAGGUAAAGUAUUCAUCUUGUACAAAAUUAUUUAUCUGAAAGAAAACAUCAAUUUGUAUAUACAUGAGUUGAUUUAAAUCUCGAAUGGGAAUCAUUUCUUGUGGCGUACCUUUCAUUUAUAUAAAUUAUAUUUCAAAAGUCAAAUUUGAAUGGUGAAGAGAAAUUAUUUGUUGAUGACACAACUUUGGUCUAUUUUGAUAAAAACGCACCAUAUAAACGAGUCAACUCUUCAGAAAUACACAGUUAUUCGUUUCUCAUCAUUCAGAAUGGAAGAGGAAAUGAAAAGUUUUGCCAAACUUCGUAAACUAGAACAAAUCCUCACGCAGUUUUUGGAAAAAAUCGACAAUGAAAUCGAUAAAACGGAAGUGGAGUGGCUGAAUUUGAAAAGCAUAUCUGAAACGAAAAAUUGCCAAGAGUUCUCAGGACCUGUGCCCAGCAGCUCAGGUGCUUCGAACGUUUCCCCGAAAGAAAUCAACAAAGAAAGUGAGGGUCAUACGAAAAAUCCCAAUAGCAGCGGUGAAAAUGUAGCUAAAUGGGAAGAUUUCAAAAUGGAAAACAUGGACUUUCUUGAUGACAUUAACUUGUCACUGGAGCCAUCUUGUGGAAGAACAAAAGGUCUCUAUGAUUUAGGAGAAGUUGAUAGUGACUGAAGCGUUUUCGUAUUUUCUGAUUGGUGAUUUUUGUGUAGAUUUUUUUAAUGAAUUGCCAAUAAAUUGCUCCAUUUUUUUAGAAAGAAUUUAAUUCAAGCUGGAGCCUACCUAACAAAGCAUGUUUCUGAGCUUUCAAUUGACCACCGGUUUUUCAUCAUAGGUUAAGUUUAAAUUUUCUAUAUAUGAGAAACUACAGACCUUUACACUUUCCGGAAAAAGAAAAUUAUGAAACCAAUAUUAUUCGUUAGUUUCAUAAGAAAAUAGUUCGUUCAUCCGUAAAUAACACCCAGCAUUUUCCAUUUCGAAAGAAAGUCAGUUUCAAAACUGACUGACAUAAUCUUUGAGACUCACCACCACUCUUUCAAACCACGUUCCAAAGUGUAUAUGGUUUUUGUGAAGCAGAAAAAGUACAAGAAUGAAUGUACGACAUAAAUAUUCAAAUAGUUAUCCUCAAUUAAAUAUCUCUUUUACGAAAUUCCGAAUAUACAGUCUUUAUGGGUCUGAAUUGCGGAACAAAUCAGCCAAAUAGAUCUCAAAAACAUGUUGGCAAUGUUGCUCGCACAGUCAGGACAAGA